AUGUUACCAUCUGGGGAAGUAGUAACUUGCUCAAGAGUAUAUGAAAACGUCCUUGUGAGAAUUGGGGAUGUAGACUUUGAAACCAACCUCAUAGAGUUUCCAUUGGAAGACUUGGAGAUCAUUUUAGGAAUGGAUUGGCUUAAGGAGUAUAAAGCCGAGAUUCUUUGUGGAGAACAAAAAGUGAGAUUGAGGAAUAAGAAUGGGAAAAAGAGGUUGGAAGAAGAGAAGCUUAAGAUAGAGCAUGUGAAAGUGGUGAAUGAGUUUCCAGACGUAUUUCCGGAAGAUAUACCGGGAAUGCCACCUCAGAGGGAGUUAGAAUUCACCAUAGACUUAGUUCCUGGAACUGCCCCUAUAUCAAAAGCACCCUAUAGAAUGGCUCCAGCAGAGAUGAAGGAGCUCAAUAAGCAACUAGAGGAAUUACUCGAGAAAGGGUACAUUAGACCUAGUUAUUCCCCAUGGGGAGCACCUGUUUUAUUCGUAAAGAAGAAGGAUGGAAGCUUGAGGCUAUUCGUAUUCAUCGAUGAUAUCCUUAUCUAUUCGAAGAACAAGGAGGAGCAUGAAGAGCACUUGAGGUCAGUAUUGUCUACACUUAGGGAGAAUCAGCUUUACGCAAAGUUCUCGAAGUGUGAAUUUUGGAUGGAAGAAGUGGCAUUUCUUGGCCACAUUGUGUCAAAGAAGGGAAUUUCCGUAGAUCCGUCGAAGAUAACCGCAGUGAGCGAAUGGCCUAAACCUAGGAAUGUUACUGAUAUAAGGAGUUUCUUGGGUCUAGCUGGCUACUAUAGACGUUUUGUGAAGGAUUUUCGAGGCUCCAUUUUGACGUUACCAGAGGAGAAUGCUGAGUUGGAGAAAGAUUUGAAUAUGAGGCAGAGAAGAUGGUUAGAGUUGGUGAAUGACUAUGACAUUGAGAUCUUAUACCAUGAAGGAAAGGCAAACGUCGUUGCCGACGCGUUAAGUCGUAAGUCUAGCCAUAGUUUAAGUACUUUGUCAGAAUUGAAUGAAGAAAUUUUAAAGGCUCAAGAAGGGAAUGAGGAAAUGGAGAAGAUAAAGAAGCUGAUCGAGGAGAAAAAGACAAAGGAUUUUAGUAUCCAUGAUGAUGGAAGUGUCCGAUUCAAUGGAAGAUGGUGCAUACCGUCAAGUUGCACCGAGUUGAAAGAAAAAGUCUUCCCAAGACAGCGAAAGGUUACCAAAGUGUGGGUGAUAGUAGAUAGACUAACUAAGGUAGCAAAAUUUGUUCCAAUGAAGGACAAUUGGUCGAUGGAACAGUGUGGUAAAGUAUAUGUGGACCAAGUGGUGAGGCAUCAUGGAGUUCCUUCCACUAUUGUGUCUGAUAGAGAUUCAAGAUUCUUAUCUCAUUUUUGGGAGGCAUUACAGAAAGCUUUUGGGACCGAUGUGCUUAAGAGUACAGCUUUUCAUCCAGCAACUGAUGGUCAAUCGGAAAGAACCAUUCAGACUCUCGAGGAUAUGUUGAGGGCGUGUGCCUUAGAUUACCCUAAGACUUGGGAUGAGAUGUUGGCUUUAAUAGAAUUCUCAUACAACAAUAGCUACCAUUCUAGCAUUAAGAUGGCUCCUUUUGAAGCUUUAUACGGUCGAAAAUGUCGCAGUCCAUUGUGCUGGAACGAUAUUAGCGAGACGGUUACUUUGGGACCGCAAAUGAUUGAAGAUACCGUAAAACAAGUGAGAUAUAUUCGUGAGAAGAUGAGGGCGGCCCAGGAUCGUCAAAAGGCCUAUGCAGAUCAGAAUAGAAGAGAUAGCGAAUAUCAAGUAGGCGAGAAAGUCUUACUAAAGGUGUCACCUAUGAAAGGGGUGAUGCGUUUUGGGCAAAAAGGAAAGCUUAGCCCGAAGUUUAUAGGUCCGUAUGACAUCAUUGAAAGAAUUGGAAGAUUGGCUUAUCGUUUAGAUUUGCCAAAUAACUUGGGAAAGGUGCAUAAUGUGUUCCAUGUAUCCCAACUAAAGAGAUAUGUGCCCGAUAAGUCUCACGUAUUAGAUCCCGAGAUUAUAGAAGUGGAUGAGACGCUUUCUUUUGAAGAGAGACCACGUACCGAAGAGGCUACCUGGGAGGCUGAAGACGAGAUGAGAAAGAAGUAUCCUGAGCUCUUCGACUAG